AAAAAAGUAGAUCCAAAAAAGCACAAAGAGUUUGUAAACUUUCAGUUGAAAUCUAACUUUCUAGUUCCCUUUUUUUCAGUAGUAGUCUUAACACACCCAAACAAGGCCCCACAUCCAAUCCCCAGCUCCAAUUAACAUCCAAACCAGCUGAGUAUAUUUUCCUGAUCGAUCUCAAAAGCUGUCACCCAAACCUGUAGAAAAAAACCAAAAACUCCUCUAGCUAACCCCAUUUUGUCACUUUGUUGCUACUCUCUCUCUCUCUCUCUCUCUCUCUCUCUCUCUCUCUCUACAGCGUGUGAGAUAUGGGCGACGGAAAGGGCUCAACCCUAGUCCACCUGCUAGUCGUGGUCUUGUGCUUGGUCGCCUUCGGCUUCGCCAUUGCUGCUGAGCGCCGUAGAAGCAUUGGAACGUUACAUAAAGACGAGAUGUCCAACGCUACCUAUUGUGUUUAUAGCUCGGAUGUCGCAACUGGAUAUGCGGUGGGCGCUUUCUUGUUUCUUCUCUCUGGUGAAACACUGCUUAUGGGUGUGACAAAGUGCAUGUGUUUUGGAAGACCUUUAGCGCCUGGUGGGAACCGUGCUUGGACCAUUAUAUAUUUUGUAUCAUCAUGGGCGACUUUUCUGGUAGCAGAAGCAUGCCUUGUUGCUGGUGCAAAGAAGAAUGCCUAUCAUACCAAGUACCGCGACAUAAUCUACGCUCACGACUUCUCUUGUGAAACUUUAAGGAAAGGAGUUUUCAUUGCAGGAGCAGUGUUUGUGGUUGCGACGAUGAUUCUCAACGUAUAUUUCUACAUGUACUUCACCAAGGCUACAGCUCAGGCUGCUAAGAAAGCAAAUCGUGCAAGUUCUACUGUUGGAAUGGCUGGGUAUGCCUAGGUUUUUGAAGGAUGAAACUAGGUAGGCUCUGGGUCUUACUUUUUUGGUUGUCUUGGCAGGGUUCAUGCGUCUAUGAUUGUACUCAUGCAAUGACAUGCCGAAUGUACUGAUAUGAAGAUUGCUUAAAACCUGUGGAUACUGAUAUGCGAUUGUUAAUUAGUAUGCA